ACGAUCCACCAAGCACACGAAGCAGGCUGUCUCUGUCCGAAGUUGUGGUGCCGCGUCCUGACCGUUACUGCCCCUGACUCUGGACUGAUUGUGGUAGUUGUGUCUUUCACUCUCCGAUACUAUGGCGUCCUCCAUUGCCGAACCAAGAUUGCCUGGACAGCAGGCGAAGAAGAAACGGAAACGCGUCAGUGCCAAGUUCCGGCGCUUGACCAAGGAGCGUCGGCAGGCCAAUGCCCGCGAGCGCGACCGUGCGGAUUCGCUACGGAGAGCCUUCUUGUCGCUGGAGGGCAGUCUUCCUCACAACCUCAAAGAACAGCUUCCCACCCGCUUCGGCACAAUGUUAGCCGCCAUACUGUACAUCGGGCACCUGACAGAGUUGGUGUGUGGUCGGGAAAGUCCCGCUUUGGAAGUGGCCAACAGAGCGACUUGCAGACGCUAUCAAGGAUUGACGGGCAACGACGGAGAAGCAGGUGAAGAAGAAUCAGACGCCCUUGUAGCAGAGGAUGAUCAUAGACAGAUUGAGCUCAGCCUGGACGUCGGAGAACUGCUCAUCCAGCCAGCAUCCAAACCGACUGGCUGCGCAAAUGGUGGUCCCGUGCCGUGCACAGCAGAGAGCUUGACACCUCAGUCACCGCUUCUUUCGACUUCAUCUCCCUUUUCACAGUCAUCAUCACCGUCACCCGACGCUAGCACAAGUAGCAAUUGCAGUAGAAGUGGUAGCAGCGGCGGUGGCAGCAGCAAUAGUGACUCGCUGUCAGACCUUGAUUUGUUGUCUUCUAGCUCUCACACGUCGCUGCUUGCUGCUGCUGAAUCUCUAGAGCAUGGCAUGUGCGGCGGUGGCUCAGUAGAUCUCUUCAGCGGGUCACUGUUCAGCAUGCCCGACCUGGGAACCGAUGACAUAUUCGCCGACCUGUUCGAUAACAAUGUUCACCGCUUCUUGCCACCAGGGCCAGUGUUAUCUUGACUGCCUUGAGCCACCGACGAUGCCACUGGAA